CAUGUCCUUCAGACACUUGCCGGUUAUGCGUCUUCCUAGUCCUUCUUGGGAUCUUUGGCCAUCUAGAAAUGACGACUGGUUUCACAAUCGUUGGUCGGACUGGAUGACUAAUAUGCAAAGAACAUUCGAUGCUAUGGACGAAGAUUUUAGACAAAUUAGCAGAGCUUUCGAUAAUCAUAUGGAACAAACUCAUAGAAGUGUUCUUGGUAGUCAUACUGAAACUGAUUUACCAGCUAAUGUUGGAUGGAAACUGGUCGACGAUAAAGAAAAGAAUCAGCGAAAACUGCAUCUUGAUUUACCAGUGAAAAAUUAUGAACCUGAGGAAAUCAAAGUUACAGUUGAAGGUGGAACUUUAACGAUUAAAGCAACUCAUCAACACGAAAAAGAUGGAGAGAAAGUUUUUAGAGAGUGUGUUCGAAAGUUCACAUUGCCAAAAGGGGUUAAAGAAGAAGAUUUGAAAUGUAAUUUGAAUGCCGACGGUCGUCUAUCUGUCGAAGCCGUUGCUCCAGCUGCUAUUUCGGAUGGAGAGAAAGUAAUACCAAUCCAGUAUGAAAAGUCAAAGUAA